UUUUUUGGUAAAUAAAAAAAAGAAGAGAGUGUAAAACUAUUUCACCAAAAUUGGAAAAUAGGUUUCUAUUACACAGUGUUCGAAAAAACAAACCCAGUCUACUCUUACUCCUCUCCAAACACAAGAAAGUUAUUAGAGAAACAAAUUCGAAAUGUUUCUACACACCAUAGAAUCAAAUCAAACAACAAACCCUAACCCUUCAAAUCAAUAAUUCGAUUUCCCUCAACAAAUCUUUCCUCGAUUCAAUUUCAAUCCUCAAACCCUCAAACACCUGUAGAUCUGUACAAAUAUCCCCUUUUUCCUCUCUCAAUUUCGGUCUAAAUCGAAACCCUACCCAAUUUUUUUGGGAGAUCCUUGUACUUGUAUCAUCAUACCCUUACAAAUUUCAUUUUUUUCUUCUCAGAUUUCGUCAGUUUAGGUUUUAAUCGUAACCCCAUUUUGAGAAAUCAUCGUUCCAGGGGUUCGUUCGGCUAUAGUUCUCGUUUCAGUUACCCAGAAGAAGAAACCCUAGCUUCUUAGUUCAGUUUAUUAGCUUCUUGUACAUUCUUUUUGGGUAGAGAUUUUUUCGGUAGGAUGAACAACAGAGGUAGAUAUCCACCUGGGAUCGGGUUAGGGCGAGGUGGUGGUGGUGGUGGUGGUGGUUUGAACUCGAACACCGGGUAUCAACAGAGGCCACAACAACAACAACAACAACAGUAUGUGCAGAGGCACAUGGUGCAAAAUCAGAAUCCGCAACAAUACCAGCAGCAGAAUCAACAGAAUCACCAGUAUCAGCAACAGCAGCAACAACAACAACAGUGGCUGAGAAGGAACCAGUUGGGUGGUACUGACACCAACAAUGUCGAGGAGGUUGAGAAGACUGUACAGUCUGAAGCAAACGACACUAGUUCACAAGAUUGGAAGGCAAGACUAAAGCUUCCACCAGCUGAUACACGCUAUAGGACAGAGGACGUGACAGCAACUAAAGGAAAUGAGUUUGAGGAUUACUUUUUGAAGCGUGAGCUGCUAAUGGGAAUAUAUGAGAAGGGGUUUGAAAGGCCAUCCCCAAUCCAAGAAGAAAGCAUUCCAAUUGCCCUUACUGGUAGUGACAUUCUUGCUAGGGCUAAAAAUGGAACAGGCAAAACAGCUGCGUUUUGCAUUCCUGCAUUGGAAAAAAUUGAUCAAGAUAAUAAUAUUAUUCAAGUUGUUAUACUGGUUCCAACACGAGAAUUGGCUUUGCAAACAUCUCAAGUGUGUAAAGAGCUUGGAAAGCAUUUGCAAAUUCAAGUUAUGGUCACAACAGGUGGUACCAGCUUGAAAGAUGACAUUAUGCGUUUAUAUCAACCUGUUCAUCUGCUAGUUGGUACUCCAGGAAGAAUAUUGGAUCUUGCAAAGAAGGGUGUCUGUGUUCUGAAAGAUUGUUCUAUGCUUGUCAUGGAUGAGGCUGAUAAACUUCUCUCCCAGGAGUUCCAACCUUCAAUAGAGCAGCUGAUUCAAUUUCUUCCCUCAAACCGUCAAAUCCUAAUGUUUUCAGCUACAUUUCCUGUUACUGUAAAGGACUUCAAUGAUAGAUAUCUUCGUAAACCGUAUAUCAUUAACCUUAUGGAUGAACUAACUCUGAAGGGUAUUACACAAUUUUAUGCAUUUGUGGAGGAGAGGCAGAAGGUCCACUGCCUAAAUACUCUUUUCUCUAAGCUGCAAAUAAACCAGUCAAUCAUCUUCUGCAAUUCUGUGAACCGGGUUGAACUCCUUGCCAAGAAAAUCACAGAACUAGGGUAUUCAUGUUUCUAUAUCCAUGCUAAGAUGUUGCAAGACCACCGUAAUAGAGUUUUUCACGACUUCCGCAAUGGUGCCUGCAGGAAUCUUGUUUGUACUGAUCUUUUCACUAGGGGAAUAGAUAUCCAAGCAGUGAAUGUUGUUAUUAAUUUUGAUUUUCCCAAGAACUCAGAAACAUAUCUGCACAGGGUUGGUCGAUCAGGGAGGUUUGGACACCUUGGUUUAGCAGUGAACUUGAUAACCUAUGAGGAUCGCUUCAAUUUGUAUAGGAUUGAGCAAGAACUCGGCACUGAAAUAAAACAAAUUCCUCCCUUCAUUGAUCAGGCAAUAUAUUGUCGGUGACUGGUGAUAAUUACCUUGGUUGUAUUGCAUCCUCAUCUGUGGUGAAUAGCAAUGCUUGAUGUGACUGCCAUGCAAGCAGGUGUGAAUGCUGUGCAUGAGGAUGCAAUAUGGAAGUUAGGGUAUUGUUAGACGUCUUUGUUGACUGUUUUGUUGUUUAAUUUAUGCUUUUAAGAGCCCUGAAAAAGACCUAUAGUUUAAUAAUGGGUUUUUAAAUGUCUGAUGCUGGAUACCAUUUGCGUUUUCCGUGGAUUGCAUUUGCUAUCGUGCUUGUUAGUAACUGAUAUUACUCUAGAUUUUCCCAUUUCGUUGGUAAAACUGUUUAGGAAUGUGCCUUAUUGUGAUGACUCCAUAUUGGCUAUUCCUUUAUGACAUUCGAGUCUUUGAUUCAUCAUUGUGGGUUCACACAAAGAUUUUCUUGUUCCAGUGGGAAUUUUCACAUUUGCUUCUCACUA